AGCGCCGUCGGCUCUCAGAUGCGGCAGCAUGAGGCGAGGAGCACCCGGGCAAGCGGCGACCGUCCUCCCACCCCCAGGCGACCUCUCCUGGCCACGGGGAGCCUGAUGGGCGUUUUUGUCGUCCUCGACGCUCGGAUCUAACCCGGAAGCCGCGAAAUGAAGCGAAUGAACGUGAGCGCCAAGAAGUGUCCCGUUCCCUUGUCCUCCCUGGACGCAGAGCCUCGCCGCUCUUUUCUAGAGUUGAGCCGACAACUUUACGUCUGAUUUUCGCCUCUUUUGGAAGCAAACCUCGCCGGAUAGAGCAACUCUGGGGAAAGCGGCGACUUUCCGCCUGCUCCCUGCGGAAUAACCCACUCUUAGCGGUUAUUCGGCUUCACAAACGUCCUCUCCUGGCCACGCUGGAAGUCGCCCGCCAUGUGGCCGUCGGGAGUGGGUAGCCGGCAGCCUUGCCCGCGGGAGUCGGCGCUCCGCAGGGCGGCCAUCAGCGGCAACAUCCCGGCCCUGCCGCCGCACCACGUCCCCAGUGGUCGCAGCGUCCGCGUCUUCAUCUGUGCCAACCCCGACGAUACAGAGGCAGAGAGGAAUGCGCUGAAGGAGCAUGUCUACCCCAAACUACGGGACUUCUGCAGGGAGAACUACGGCAUUGAAUUCCAGGUGGUGGACCUUUACUGGGGCGUGGACCCAGAGGAGUGGGACAGUCCAGAGCUGCAGCGGCUCCGGAUGAAGCUUCUGGAGGAAUGUCUGAAGACGUCAGCGGGACCAUGCUUCGUUGGUUUGGUAGGAGAGAAGUAUGGCAGCAUCCGAGUGCCUGGUGAGGUGGAAUCAGCUGAGUUUGAGAUGAUCUUGGAUGCAGCGGUAGAGGCUGGGCUGGACACACACAUCUUGGACGAGUGGUACUGCAGGGAUGAAAACUCUGUACCACCCGCAUACUACCUCAAACCUAAAGCCCAAAUGCUCAAGAAUUACCAGAACUCUAUGGAGUCCAGCGGGGCAGCCAAGACCAAGAAUGACAAGGCCUGGAGGAAAGUGUCUGAGGAGAUCAAGCGGAUUUUCCGUACGGCAGUGCUGCAGCUUCAAGAGAAGGGGACAAUGCAGGGCACUGAGGCUAAGAAAUUCCUUUGCUCUGCGUUGGAGGAUGAAUUAGACUUUGCCCUUGGGAAACAAACUCCUGCCUUUCUCAGGAAAUGUGUUUGCUACAUACGCAAAAUCUCAAACUUUGACCGUUUCGCCAAACUCCCGGAGAUGUCCCGCUACAUGGACAUUGUGGUGAGCGGUGACCGCAUCAUGCGCAACCAGGAAGCCUACGAGCGCCUGUUGAAGGUGCGGGAUGAGUUUAUACCAACAGUGGUGGCGGCGUCCAACCUUCGUGUUUACUCCUCUGUCACACAUUGCGACAUGAAACUAGGCUACUCCCAGGAAGUGGAGAGCCAUUAUGUUGAGGGUCUGUGCAAACAGUUCUACGAGGACAUGGUGGAUAUUAUUCAGGCCACAGUCCAGCAGAACUUUGACACAGAGACUGACCCACUGUAUGAUGAAAUCCUGCAGCACUUGUCCCUUUGCAAAGCCUACGCAGCAUUGUAUGAAUAUAAAACUGAAUUCUUAGAUUACCUGCAGGAGUACAUUUUACCAUCUAAGGGGAGUAGGAUGAGUCCGCUUGUGGUGCACGGAGGACCCUGCACAGGAAAAACUUUGCUGCUUUCGGAAGUUGCCAAACAGGCCUACAUGUGGCUGCAGAAAGAGAUGGGCCCUGAAACUGACCCAGUGGUCAUUGUCCGUUUCAUUGGCUCAAGUCAGCCCUCUACAGACUUGCGCACCCUCCUCCAGAGCAUCUGUGAACAGAUUGCAAUAAAUUAUCGCUGCUUGAUUCACUUUUUGCCUAACAAGAUCCAGGAGAUGAGGGAGCUCCUGAUCAACCUUCUUGGGGAAUCCUCCUUUCACAGGCCUUUGGUCAUCGUACUGGAUGCCUUGGAGCAGCUGUCAGAUGCCGACGAUGCCCGGAAACUCUGGUGGCUCCCCAUACACCUCCCUCGGACAGUCCGCAUUGUCAUCUCAACAUUGCCCAAUAAACAUGGCAUUCUGCAGAAGCUCCGACAUAGCAUCCAUGAUGAGGACUAUUAUGUAGAAUUAACCCAGAGAGACCGCAAGGUUUGCAGCCAGACGUUAAAGCAACAGUUACUUGAUGUGAAGAGAAAGGUCACCUCAGGCCAGCAGAUCUAUGUCAACGAGGCUCUAGCCAAGUGUACAUUGCCAAUGUUUGUCAAUUUAAUCUACAGAGAGGUUGUCCACUGGAAGUCCCACAAAGAUGUUGAUGAAAAGUCUCUGUGCUCCACUGUUCAUGAAAGCAUAGAACAGCUGUUCUAUUCAGUAGAGAAUAAGUUGGGCCAAAGAUUUGUCUUUAGAGCAUUAGGAUAUAUCACCAUGGCUAAGGCAGGGUUAACUGAAGUUGAGUUAGAGGAUAUCUUAUCCCUGGAUAACAUAGUUCUUGGUGAUGUUAUAGUUGCAUCUUACCUCAAAAAUCCCUUGAGGAUCUCUUGUGAUUUGGUAGCGAGGCUCAAAGAGGAGCUGGAAGGUUAUCUAGUGGAACGUCAGGUACGCAAUGUCACCCUGAUGGUCUGGGCCAACAGACAUCUUCAUCUCAUUGCCCAGAAACUGUACCUAAGCAACGAGGAGGAUGUCCAUCAAAUGCACAGCCUACUAGCGGAGUACUUUCUGGGGGCAUGGUCAGGGGGCAGAAAGAAGAUUUUUACAUAUGACAACAAUCAUUUCACUUCCCAAAAUAUAUCACACCACAAAAACCCCCACCAUCAACAAUCCCAUGAGAAAACAUCAUCUGACAAGUACUCUUAUGACAGGCAAACACCUGAGCAACCUUGGGUCUUUCAGUGCAACCUACUGGAGCCUGACAUUUUUUUUGUCAACCACAGGAAGAUGACAGAGUUGGUGUUCCACCUCACCAGAAGUGGGCGCACUGAUGAUCUCAUGUUUGGCGUCAUUAUGAACUUUAGCUGGCUCUACACAAUGAUCAAGAUUGGCCAAUUUGAUAAGGCCUUGAACGAUAUUGACUUGGCAUACAGUUACACGCAAGAAAAAGAACUGAAGUUUCUAUCCACCACUCUCAGCAGCAUCAAGGUAAAAGUCUUGAAAAACCCAGCAUCCCUCUCGGCAGAACUGCAGCAAAGGCUUUUGCCAGUUGUCACCUCCUUGCCCAAACUUCGACACCUCCUUCUGGAGUGCGACAAGGAUGGUCCCAAGUACUGCUCAAUUGUGCCUCUGCACUCCUCGAUGGAUGUCACGUACAGUCCAGAGAGACUUCCUUUGUGCUCAAGUUACAUGCAGAUUGUGGAGAUCCUGCCCACCCUAGCCCCAAACAUCGUCCUUGUAGCGCUUGAAGAUGGGUCUGUCAGCACGUGGGAUGUCGAGAGCAGACAACUGCUACGACAGAUCGACACAGCCAAAUCUGUUGUGCUGGGAAUCAGACUAACCAGUGAUGAAAAAUAUCUUGUUGUGGCUACCACUAAAAACACACUUCUAAUCUAUGAUAAUCAUAAAUCCUGCCUUUUAUCAGAGGUUGAAAUCAAGGGGUCCAAACACGGUGGCAUCACUGGUGGAGUGGCCUUCAUCAAUGGCUUCACUUUGUCCACUCACCAUGCUUUAGCUUGGCUUGAGGCCAGUAAAGACGUCAACGUCAUCGACUUACUUUACGGCUGGCCUCUCUAUCAGUUCCAUUGCUGGUACGAGGUGACGUGUGUCCAGUGCUCUCCAGAUGGAAUGUAUGCUUUCUGUGGUCAGUACCUCAACACUGCAUCCAUCUUUCAUCUAGGAAAUGGCGACAAGUUGGCCACUGUUACAUCUGAGUUUUCUGGAGGUUUUGUCAAGUCAAUCCUUGUCCUGGACACUCUCAACCAAAUGGUGAUGACUGACAAUGAGGGUAGUCUCUCAGUAUGGAACACUAAAGAAAUCACCAACCCACGAUUGAUGGAGGAUUAUGACUGCAGAGGAGAUGAUAGUGAAGUGCUGAGCAUUGAGCUGUCUGAAGACCAGCGCUCAAUUCUCUUAUGCAAGGCCAGAAGUAUUGAGGUUCUAGAUACAAAAGUGUGGAAAAUGGUGGAGAAGUUUAAAGCCAAACGUAGCGAACGCUUUGUCGCUGCAGUUCUCUCCAAAAACGGACAAAGCAUUGUGGCCUCAAUGGAGAACACCUCUUCCAUCUUUGUGUGGAGAAGGGACAGCGGGCAAUGCAUGGCCAGCCUGAUUGAGAUAUCAGGGGCCAUUGUCAAACUCAUCAAAUCAGUUCACCACAAUCUGCUCCUUUCUGUUGCAAGCAGUGGAGUGCUGUCUGUUUGGGACAUUGAUAUCAUCACAGCAAUGUCUAAUAUUGACAAAACAGGAAAGAAGAUCCAAACAUUGCAGUUGUCUGGCAGAGAGGAUUAUGUGUUUACAAUGGAUGGAUCAGAAGCAGUCCAUAAGUGGAAUUUUGGCACUGGAUUUAUAGAGACUGUCUUCAAGCAUGAGGGCAUAGUGGAGAAUUGUGUGCUAACCUCCUCAGGUGAUCUAAUGGUAACUUCAGAUGACAAGUGCAGUCAGUACAUUUGGCAAACCAACUCUGGGGAGAACAUAUUUCGCAUCAACGGACAGAGAAUAUCCCAGUUGCUAAUCACCCACAAUGACCAGUUUGUUGUUUCCCUUUGUGAGCAAAAUGCCUCAAGGGUUUGGAGACUUGCCACAGGACACAAGGUGUGCAACAUCUUGGUCACCCUCCAGAACGCAUUGAUCACUACAGCCAACACAUUUCUUGUAGGAACCUCCAAAAACAAGCUCCUUGCUGUCAGCUUGUGGUCAGGCAGCGUAUCCAAAAAAUUUGUUUGUGAUGAUGGCAUCACUAUCGUCAGUUUCAAACUUAUCCCUGACUGCCCCGACUGCGUCGUGUUCAUCACAUCCACAGAGACCGUUUUCAUCUGGAGUGUGGCGGAUGAGGCCGUUUGCAGGCGUGUCCAGUUGCCGGCCAACUUCCUCAAAAAUCUUGAGGAUUUCCAGAUCUCACCCAAUGGCAAACAAGGUAUUGUGUCCAAAGGUGACGAGAAUAUUAAUGUGCUGGACCUGCACAGCGGGAAACUGAGGCUUGUUCAUGCUGCCGGUAUAAUCUGGCGUCAGAAAUUAUCACGAGACGGCCGCUAUCUCGUAUAUGUUUGCUUUCGCAACUGUGAUGAGGACGACGAAGCCGGCGUUGUUUCCAAUUUGAUUGUGAUGCGCCUUGCUGACGGUAAAAGCAUUGGCACAUGCUCUUUAUAUAAGACGCCCACUUUCCUUUCACUCUCUCAAAGAGCUUUGAACAUCAUCAUUGGCUUUGAGGAUGGCAGCAUUGGCACAUACACUGUGGUGGACCGUGUAGAUGCUGCGCUCAAGAUCAAAAUAGCCACCUCCAACAGCCGCCAGAUAGUCAACAAUGCUUCACAGAAAGUGCGGCCCAAAUGUGGCAAUCAUUCCUUUAAGAGUGUCGCUGACUGCAUUUGGAGGGAAUCAACAGAAGUCUUCUCCAGGGACAGCCCAAUCAAUGUGUCUGACUCCGGUGAAGCUCCACCACCGACCGGCCAAAUGGGGUGCCAUUGCUGCCGGAUGAUGAAAAGUUACAUGUCCGAUCCCUCUGUGGCGGCGGAUGUGAGGAAGACGGACUCCCUCUACCGCACACACAGCCUCUCAGGCGGGGCCCUUGGCGGCCGCCGCUCGCUGAACGAGGACAAGGAGGGCUUCCACAACCUGGCCUAUGACAGCAGCCUCAGACUCGAGGUGGACAACAACCACGUCAACCACAGGCUCCACGCCGCGCCUCCGCCCGCGCCAUCCAGCGCCCCCCCUGCAGAGGGGGGCCUCUACAUCAUCCAGCCGAACGCUCUGGGGCCGCAAUGGGUGAUGCGGGACACGCGCCACAGUCAGGUACCGGUGUACAAUCAGAGGGUCUUCGGCGAGUUGAGACAUUGGGACAGCAUCAAUGCGGGCGGAAGCCUGUCGGCGGACGAGGUGGACGAAGGUGUAGGGGGCACACCGGAGUACCCGUGCGACACGGGGGACGAGGGCAGUGUCUUGUCCGUGGACAUCCAAACCAGCACCACCAGCCUGUCGUCAGGCGACACCAGAUACGAGCGCAAAUGCAAGGCGGCAGACGUGUCCACCGUGGAAAGCGGCAUCUGCGUGACAAAGAGCGAGGACGAGGAGGACGAGGUGCAAAGCGUCACGGACUCAAUGGUGGCCGAGGCUCUCGCCGCCCUCGAAGCCGCCACGGCCGGGGAGGACUGUGAGUAAGGGAUGCCCGUGGACUGCAUUCAGAAGAAAACACGUUGCGAGGCAAGCGUGUCAACACUCCGGUCGUCCAGUGAAACCUUAGCGUUGAAUCAGCGUUUUCUUUUUUGCGAGUGGACAGAAUCUUUAGGCCUUCGUUAGGAUUUUCGAAGCGCAGGACCAAGCACAAUUUUCUCAUGUUCCUUUCUGCUGUGUGAUAUGAGUUCACACUCGCUGGUACGCAAAGUGGACAACCUUCUUUCAUUGAAACAAACCCUUUGAUGCACCCAUUUUUAGUAAUAAGGAGGACACAGGGAACUGGGACUUGACUUCAACAACUGUAUGAUCCAAAUCCCAGGGAUGUGUUUCCUUCGCCAGCUCCCACAAAUGUUUGUUGACUCCCCCCAGACUUCACAAACGACUGGCAUCACCGCCCAGGUGGCCGCUAAUGAGCACCUGCGGGCUCUGGUGCCGCAGCUCCCAGCAGACAGAAGCGGCACAUUUUAAGGCCGAAUGCAUUUUUGUUGCGUGGACGUGUUUGUUUGUGGCGCCACUCCGCUUCCUUACACUUGCACUCGGCAUCCGUCCGUCAAUGUUUCACCGCCGCAGACAUUCUUGAUCAGUGACCGCGGAGAGCAGCAAAUAGCCUGACAUGUUUGUGUUGUCCCCGGGCUUUUUGGGGAGCUUACAGUAAUUGCAGCGCAUUCUCCGGAGGAAGAAUGGCCAGAAAAGUACAGACUUCCAAAUGUAUUUCCUGGGGCAAGCCGAAUUCCAGGCCUGAUACCUCAUGAAAUGUUCACCCUCUCCCUGCAAACAGACCCUGAGAGUUAAACAUUACACCCAUCGAAGCGGCGCCUGCAUGUAGUCGUGUACUGCAGUUGAUUGGUCCAGAAGGUCGCGGUGUUUCGGCGUUAAACAUUGACCAGGCUUCCCUGCUGCCACCCCCUUCCAAAUGUGCACCGGUGCCCAAACCUGCGUAAUGGUGCACGAUGAGAUUAGAUUUUGUCAUGUGAGGAUUUUUUUUUUUUUUCCUUGGGGAAGAGCUGAGGUAAACAGCCGUGUGUGUACAACAAGAAUCAAUAUUUGCAGCCACGCCCGCCCAGCCCUGACCUCCUGUGUUUGGGCAAAGGGAAGCUCAGCCCCACAGGCGAGAUGGCGUCGCCUUGUGCACUUGAACCACGUGGACACGGCCCUACGGGCGCUGUGACUGCUUUCUAACGCUUACUUCUGCUGAUGCCUUUUUUACUCAUUCACAUACAUAUGUGACAUUUGCUAAAUGGUGGAGCGUGGCCGCGUUCAAAUUUCACUACACCAGUGUUUUUCAACCACUGUGCCGUGAAAUACAGUCUAGUGUGCUGUGGGAGAUUAUGUAUCCAUCCAUCCAUCCAUUUUCUACCGCUUAUUCCCUUCGGGGUCGCGGGGGGCGCUGGAGCCUAUCUCAGCUACAAUCGGGCGGAAGGCGGGGUACACCCUGGACAAGUCGCCACCUCAUCGCUGGGCCAACACAGAUAGACAGACAACAUUCACACUCACAUUCACACACUAGGGCCAAUUUAGUGUUGCUAAUCAACUUAUCCCCAGGUGCAUGUCUUUGGAGGUGGGAGGAAGCCGGAGUACCCGGAGGGAACAUGCAAACUCCACACAGAAAGAUCGAACUCACGACUACUCAGGACCUUCGUAUUGUGAGGCAGACGCACUAACCCCUCUUCCACCGUACUGCCUCACUUUAUGUACCGUAUUUUUCGGACUAUAAGUCGCAGUUUUUUUUCAUAGUUUGGCCAGUGCGAUUUAUAUAUGUUUUUUUCCUUAUUUUUUAUGCAUUUUCGGCAGGUGCGACUUAUACUCCGAAAAAUACGGUAAUAUGUUGCUUAUUUCUACAGUAGACUAUUAGUUCUAUUAUUAUAUUAUAGUUACUUUAUUUCACCUAAUUGGGUUAAAAAUAUUUUAUGCAAACCAGUAAUUAUAAUCCGCAAAUAAUGUGCCGUUGUUGAGUGUCUGUACUGUGUAGAGCUCGGCAGAGUAACCGUGUAAUACUCUUCCAUAUCAGUAGGUGGCAGCAGGUAGCCAAUUGCUUUGUAGAUUUCGGGAAUAACGACUUAAGAUUUGUCGUGAUCACAAUAUGCAGACAAAAUAAACUAAAGGCGAGUGCCGCUAAGAAAAGGCAUUGAAGCUUAGGGAAGGCUAUGCAAAACGAAACCAAAACUGCAAAGUAAACAUAAACCGAAUGCUGGACGACAGCAAAGACUUACAGCGUGUGGAGCGGAGAUGGCGUCCACAAAGUACAUCCGUACAAGACACGACAGUCAACAAUGUUCCCACAAAGAAGGAUAGCGUCCGCACAACUUAAGUAGUCUUGAUUGCUAAAAACAAAGCAGGUGCAGGGAAUAGCGCUCAAAGGAAGACAUGGAACUGCUACAGGGAACUACCAAGAAAACAGGAAAACACACCAAAAUAGGAGUGCAAAACACUACACAGGAAAACACCAAAAAACUCCAAAUAAGUCACGGUGUGAUGUGACAGGUCGUGACAGUACACCUAUUUUGAGACGAGCUAUAGUGAUGCAUGCUUGGUUAUGGUUUGAAUUCAUAUCCAACAAUUGCGAGAACGACUUUUUACUGUCAAUAUCGGCUGCGGAGUUUCAUUUUUUAAUGAUUUCUGUUGGUGACGUGCCUUCGGAUUUUUUCCAAUGAAAACAAUGUGCCUUGGCUCAGAAAAGGUUGAAAAACACUGCACUGUACGAAGAUCCCAAUAUUCCCCCAACAAACAGUUCUGUGAGCUCUGAUAU